ACGUAAUGUUUGUUCGAAGCAUUGAAAUAUAAUUAAUAUAAAUAAGCUGCUGCAAUUGCCAAAUGGAUAAAUCGACAUAGUAAAGCAAUGGAACUCUGCAUUUCUUUCUGAACUUUUGAAGAUUUUUGUCGUUAUGAAUAGUGAACUUGAUGUAUUUCUUAUUCCUCACGCAAAGAUGAAGCAGUUGGUUCGGGAAACCUCUUCUCAGGUAUUCGCAACUGACUUCUCUGACGACUUUGCUGUUAAAGGUUUAUUGCAUUCUUUAUAUGUUGCUUUCAAUCAGUUCAAACACCACGAGGAAAUUGAAAAUAAGUAUAUUUUAACCAAAUUGAAAUCUCGAGUGACACAGUCCGAAGUUCUUGAGAUUCUUGGUUGCAUUCACAAUGACACUCAUGUCAAAGACAUUUUAACUAUGGUGAGAAAAGCCAUGGGUAUUGAAAGUGGAGGACAAGGGACAAGGUUAAAAGAUCAAUUGCAAAGUGCUAUUACAGAAUUCAUUGAAGAUUUUUUACCACACAUGAAAAAAGAAGAAGAGAUAUUUCAACCUUUGUUGUCAACAUACCUUUCACGAAGAGAACUCCAACAUUUACGAGAAGAGGUUGUUAAAUUGCACCUAGAGACAUCUGAAAAAGAGCCAUCUCUUCCAUCUGCUGAAGUAACACAAGCAAAUUCUUUAACUCCGAAUAAUGAAUUUGCCAUUUUACCCAAUGAACUGUUAAUGAAGAUUUUCACUUAUCUUUCUCCACUUGAUCUAUGCCAUUGUGCACAGGUUUGCCGGCAUUGGUUCAAGGCAUCAUGUGAUGGCAUGCUUUGGCAAGAACUUUACCCACUGCGAUGGAUAUUUAGAGGUGACUGGAGGACAGGCAUUGAUGAAUAUGAGUUGCAUGAUGGAAGCAAUGAUGGAUCAUGUGAGGAAGAUAAGGACAAGUGGGAAUGCGAAAGCUCGUACAAUGAAGGUGAAAGUGUUUCUUCCGGAGAUUCUGUGGAGGAAGAGAUUGAUGAGGAAAGACUGGAACGAGUGACAAAACAGGAGAAUAACAACAAUCGAUUAUUGAUGAUGACCCGUUAUUUGAUACCACGUGUCGGUCAUCAAGUCAAAGUGCUUGUGUUGGGAUCGUGUCCUGGCUUAACAAACGGUUUGGUGUACAAAAUGCUCUCCUAUUGCAAGAACUUGGAACAUCUUGACCUAUCGCAGAAUAACAUUUCUGACCUCGGACUCAAUGGACUAUUUCGCAAAAACGGUGGCCAAAAAUUACGUCAUCUGGAUUUAUCUGGAUGUUCCAAAAUCACUGAUAGAACAUUGAAGAAACUCACUCUUGCUCUCACCCCCCGGACAGAUAGUGUCGGGCAAAACGCUUCCGUGGAAGGUGAUAAGCAAAGUCGAUGCGAUGAACGGAUCUCUUCGAGUCGUGGACUGCGGUAUCUUUCUUUGUCCGGCUGCUUUCACAUUACUGAUGAUGGAAUAAGGAUGUUAUCGAGACAUGGAAGUUUGCGACAUCUUCGGCAUUUGGACUUGUCGGGAUGUUUAAAUCUGUCUGCACGUGGUCUUAGUGCUUUGGUCACCAAGUGCCCAUCGUUGUGCCCUGAAUCUUUCUUUUAUUGUGACAAUAUUUUGGGGGGACCGUAUCCUGAGACGGCUAACGGCUGCCAAAAUCUUGGCUGCUCUGAACGCGUCUGCUGCAGAUCUGGUAGUUUACACUGUGAAUGAUUUGGAGGUCCUUUGAAGCUCUGGAGACAAAAAACUUGCGCGUGGCUUCCAACUCAUUUCUUGACCAUCUGACACUUGUGAUGAAGACAAUUGACAUUUAUGGAUAAGAAAAUCGACAAUGCCAAGUAACAUUUGUGAAACAUAAAUUAAACAUAUUCAAAUAUAUCAUGAACGAUGCCAAUUUAUUGAGCAUGUUGAGAUAUUUCAAAUCUUGUAGCGCACUCGAUGUAGAAAUUUGAUGGGAAUCGUAUCAGCUGGCUAGGAUUCGAAUUAAUGCAAAAGAGCUUAGCUAAUUAUGUAGCUUAUCGAAAGGCUCUUGGGAAAAUUUGUAUUUAAAAAUUAUUGAAACAA